AUGUCCGUGUCAGGGUCAUUCAUUGACCGAGCGGACAAGGAUAUCGAGGUGGCGCCCAAACUUCAAGGUAGCGAUCUUCCCGACCCAUACAGGAUCCGGGUCGGUCUCAAGACAGACGAUGAGCUCUCACAGCUUCGUCGUCGUCGUAGGACUGGUAAACGACUCGAGAAAUUUCAUAGAAAGCAGAAUGACCUCAUUCAAUCAUUGCUGAAGCCUAUGGAAGAACAUACACAAGAGGCGAGAGAAGAUGAAGCGAAUUUCCCUUUUUCUGUCAGGGUUGCAGUCUGGGCAAGUCUCUGUGCCAACUUCAUUCUCUGUGUACUUCAGCUAUAUGCUGCUGUGUCGUUCGUCUCCUUAUCCCUCAUCGCAACAGGGAUUGAUGCUACUUUCGAUUUUGGAAGUAAUAUCUUUCUAUACUGGACUCACAAGAAAGCACUGUCAAUGGAUAUUAACAAAUGGCCUGUUGGUGGCUCCCGACUUGAAACCAUUGGAAAUGUGGUUUACGGUGAUUCAUUCGUUCACUCGGCGGGAAAUCAUCUCAUUUUCUUUCAGGUUCAAUGUUCCAUGGCUUCGGUCAAUUUGGUUGUUAUCGUUGAAUCCGUCCGCGCACUCAUGGCUCAAGAAAAAGACAACGGUUUUCGCAUCCAGGCAAUCAUCGCAGUGGCAGCUGCGCUUGGUAUCGGUCCAUUCGUUCUUUUCUUAUAUUGUUUGGCCCUCAGAUCAAAGUCUAGCCAAGUGCAGGUCUUAUGGGAGGAUCAUCGAAAUGAUCUUUUCAUUAAUGGAUUCGGUAUUCUGAUGUCUGCUGGAGGAAGUAGAUCACGAUGGUGGCUGGAUUCUGCUGGCGCUGUCAUUGUGCGCUUCAUUCAUUGGCGCUGGAGUCAUACUAUGUACGAACAAUUUGGAUUCUUGGCUGGGAAGUCUGCGCCACACGACUUCCUGCAGCUCAUCAUCCACAAAGCUAUGACCUUCAGCGAUGAGAUUGAGAAAAUUGAUACUGUACGGGCGUACCACGACUACAUCGUCGAGGUGGAUAUCGUCAUGGAUGCUACUACCCCGUUGUGGAAGGCACACGAUAUUAGCCAGCAGCUGCAGGAUAAGAUCGAGGUGCUUCCGAAUGUCGAGCGUGCCUUUGUGCACGUCGAUCAUGAGACGACUCAUGCCCCUGGCCACGCGUCAGUUCUAGCGAUGGAUUGGUAUGGCAACGAGACACUCCACAAUGCCCCACUCACCAAUAUGACGAUCGACGGCAAGCCUGUUGCGGCCGUGCAGAACGUCGACAACUUCUCUUUUGCGUGA